AUGUUCAAACGCUCUUUUUCGUCAAAGGACCGCGUGGGCAAGGCCACCAGGCCGCACAAGAAGACCUAUCGCGACAAGACAAAGGUGAAGAUGGAGGAGUCUCUGGACAGCCCGCCUGUGGGAAGCCCUCUCACGAGCCCGAUAGUGACCUUGGUUGUUGGCCAUGAGAAGCGUCUUUUCGCCGCGCACGAGGAUGUCCUGUCACGUUCCGCCUUCUUUGAUGCUGCGCUCAAGGACCAGUUCCUGGAAUCCAGCGGAAAGAGGGUGGACCUCCCUGACGAGGAACCGGAGAUACUGUCUUGUAUUCUAGAGUACCUUUACAAGGGGGAUUACUUCCCCCGUCUAUUGCACAACAAGCGUCGUAAUUCUUGGGAACUCGAGAAUGCCCAAGACGUUUACAAAACCGGUGGCCGCGGUUCGAGCGAGGCUACAUUUUCCCACUCGGGCGUGGGCUGCGAUCUCCUUCGCGACACCGUCGUCUACUGUGCUGCCGAACGAUACGGACUGGAAGAGCUGAAGCGGCUUGCUCUGCGCAAGCAGGGCCUGCAAAGCGGAAUUCCAGUCGACGUGAUCCUACGGUCUGCACGGUUUGCGUACGAGCACACGCCCGACACCGACUCCCGACUACGCGCUCAUUAUUUAGCUUUGAUUAUCAGAAGUCGCAAGACGUUCAAGAGAAGUGGAACCAUGCAGAUGGAGAUGGAAGCUGGCGGCAAAUUGUUUUUCGAUCUGUUUGUGGCAAUGAGCAAUCAUAUCGAUGAUGUUGUGGAAAUUGGGUUUGUUUUCCUUUUCUUUUAA